AUGGACCCUAAACAUAGAAAAAAGUCUUAAGAGGAGAUAUUAUAAAUACCACAAAGAAAAGGAUAAAGAGUUGCUGGAAUACAGUAAUCUUCUGGGGGACAUUAGAUCUUUGAGACUUAUACCUAAUGUUAAAAAUAACAACAAAGAUCAGAUCUUAUUUUUAUAGUUAUGUGUUUAAAGCUGCACUUUGUUUUCAGUUUUUUGAAUGAUGCUUAAUUGUAUUAGAAUAUGUUAAAUAAAAAGGAAUCAUUUAGCAAAUUAGAUGUUUUAUUGUAAAUUAUUGAAAGGCUAAACUAUAAUUAAAUAAGGAGAUAGUGCAAAUGCAUUUUUUAUAUUAGGUAAAUAUAACAUUUUUGAAUAUAGAAAAGGGUAAAAUUUAGGUAACAAUAAAUGGAGAGCCUAAAAAAUAAUUGAUAUCAGGAAAUGGAUUAGGUGAAUUAGCCUUAUUAUAUGAUGCACCAAGGUGAUGAAUAGAUUUUAAUUAUUAGGAGUGCAACAUGUACUGCAUUAGAGGAAUGUUAUUUAUGGGGAAUUGAUAGAACAACAUUUCGUAAAACAGUCGAAUAGAUUAUGAAAAGCGAAUAUGAAAGAAAUAGAAAAUAUUUAGAAAAUGCAACAUUUUUUAGUAAUUUAAAUAAUUAUAAAAAGAUCAUUUAACUAAAGAAUAGAAAGAUGCUAUAGGUGGAGUAUUAAUUUCUUAGAAAUUUUAAAUGAAUUAAAUAAUUGUUAAUAAAGGAGAUUAAGCAGAUUCACUUUUCAUAAUAGCUGAGGUAAGGAUUUAAAUACAAAUAAGGGCAAAGUCGGUGUGUAUACUGAUGAUGGACUAUUAAUUAGAAUGUUAUCAAAAGGUGAAUAUUUUGGAGAAAAUGCCUUAUUAUAGGAUAAUUGUGUAAGAGGAUUAACAGUAAAAGCAAUAGAAGAAUCAAGACUAUUGGCUUUAGCUAGAGAAACAUUAACUAAAAUAUUGGGGGAUGGAGUGUAAAUGAUAAUUUAUAAGAAUUAAUGUAAAUGGAUACUACAACAAUCAAAAAUCAAUUUAAUUAUAUAAAUAGAUAAAUUUUUAGAUUUAUUGACAAUUAGAAAAUUAAAGAAAGGAGAUAUUGUUAUUAAUAAAGGUUAAUAAUAUGGAGAAUUGAUUAUCUUAGUUGAUGGCAAAGUCAGUGAUGUAUAUAUUAUUUGUAUAUCUGUAGUCUAAUUAACAUACAAUUUGUGAAAAGGGAAAGAUAUUAUUAGACAAAACUGUAGAGUCGAAUGGUAAACAUGAUUAAGAUUAUAUCAUGUAAGAAGAUGGCAUAAUAGCAGCCAUUGAUUACAAUAUAGUAAAAAAGUAGUUUGGUGAAUCAGUAAUUAAAAUUAAUAGAUUAGUAAUAAAUUUUAGAGGCUUCUGUAUAAGAAGCUCAUAGUAGAUAAAAAAAAGCGAAAGACUACAAAUUAUAAGACUUAAAUUAUUUAAAAACCUUAGGCUGUGGGUAAUUUGGAAUUGUGUAUUUGUGCUAGUAUAAGAAUGAAACAUCAUUGUUUGCAUUAAAAAUAAUGACAAGAGCAAAUAUCAAACAAUUUGGAAUAGCAAAACAUGUAGCAAAUGAAAGAAGAGUAUAAUCUAUUUUGGAUCAUCCUUUCAUUAUGCAAUUCUAUAGAUCAUUUAAGGAUGAAAAUAAUAUUUAUUUAUUAAAUGAAUAUAUUCCAGGAGUCGAAUUAUUUGAUGCUAUUAGAGAAAUAGGAUUAUUAAAUAAAAAUGAUUCAUAGUUUUAUCUAGCUUAGAUGAUCCUUUAAACUGAAUAUUUGCAUACAGUACAUUAAAUUAUGUACAGAGAUUAUAAACCAGAAAAUCUUAUUGUUGAUGAUACAGGUUAUUUGAAAUUGAUUGAUUUUGGAACAGCCAAAUUAAAUUAGCCAGGAUAGAAAACAUUUACAAUAAUUGGAACUCCUCAUUAUAUGGCACCAGAAGUUAUUAGUGGUAAAGGAUAUAAUUAGAUGGCUGAUUUAUGGAGUGUUGGAGUAAUGCUAUUUGAAUUUGUUUGUGGGGGAUUACCUUUUGGAGAAGAUGCAGAAGAUCCUUUUGAGAUUUAUAAAGAAAUCACAAAAAAAAAAUUAUGUUAUCCUACUUAUAUGUCUGAUAAGAGUGCGAAAUUGUUUAUUGAACAAUUGCUGAAUCGCAUACCAGAACUUCGUUUAGGAGGUUCAUAUUAAACUCUUAAAUAACAUGUUUGGUUUUAAGAUUUUUAAUGGGAAAAUUUAAUAGCCAAGAAAAUAAAACCAGUUUAUAAACCAGGAGCUAAUAAAAUCAUAACAAAUGGACAAGUUUAAGUUAUGAAAAAGAUACCAUUGUAUGAAUAGAUGCAUAAAGAUGCUCAAUACUUCAUAAAAUCAUAACCUAAUCCCAAAGAUAGUGAAUGGGAUUAUGAAUUUUGA